GGUGUUAACUGUACCUGCAAUAUGGACAGAUGCAGCCAAAAAGUUUAUGAGGGAGGCUGCAUUGGAGGCUGGUAUACAGUCAGAUUGUUUGUCCUUAGCACUUGAACCUGAAGCUGCCUCCAUGUUUUGCAAGCUCCUUCCAGUUGACUGCCUGAAACAUAACAAUUCGACAUCUACUGAGGCUUUUAAACCAGGAACAAGUUACAUUGUCCUUGACCUUGGCGGUGGCACUGUUGAUGUGACUGUUCAUCACCUAGAGUAUGAUGGAAAGCUAAGUGAGAUCGCUCGUGCAAGUGGCGGUGCGUGGGGUGGUACUCAAGUUGAUGAAGCAUAUUUAAGAUUUCUCCAAAAUGUGUUUGGCAAUGAAGUCUUUCAAGCAUUCAGAGAAAACAACACAGCCGAUUUCCUUGAAAUGCUGAGAGAAUUUGAAACAAAAAAGAGAACUAUAAAUAAAAAGAAAGAAGGCAACAUAGUUAUCAGGUUUGCAGCUUCCCUUUCCGAAACAUACAAAGAAAAAUGCAGCAAAUCUCUUGCUAAUCACAUAUUGCCAGGACAUCUAGGAUCAUCUGUCCAAAUAAAGCGGGAUAAAAUACAUGUUGAUGCAAAUACAAUGAAGAAAUUCUUUUCAGAUUCGAUCACAAAUACAAGGAAACAUGUUACUAAGAUUUUAGAAGAGAACGAAUUCAGAGAAAUCGAUACGUUAUUACUUGUUGGAGGAUUUUCUGAAUCGGACAUAGUUCAGGAGAGCGUGAGAGAAGCAUUUCAAAACAAAAGAAUCAUCGUACCUAGUGAACCUGGCUUAGCCGUUUUAAAAGGGGCAGUACUGUUUGGCCAUAAUCCUUCGGUUAUGAAAUCAAGAAUAAGCAAGUAUACUUACGGAACGGAGAAUAUUCCUCCUUUUGUUGAUGGCACAGACCCAGAGAAAUACAAAGUUUUUGAAAAUGGCAUAUACAAAUGCAGAUAUCAUUUUCUUCCAUUUGUACGAGCUGGUGAAAUGGUUCCCGUUGGUACAGUUGUCCAAGAACACGUUGUUUCAGAUACAUUUGAUGUUACAGAAGGAAUUGGAAUAUAUGCAUCUACAGAAAAAUGUCCAACGUAUGUCGUUAAUGACAGUUGUUUUCGAGUCGGUACUUUAUAUCUUGAUAAACCGCGGCAACAUCUUACGCUUGAAAUGCGUUUCGGGGAGACCGAAAUCUCUCUGCAAUGCUUUUUUGAAUCAGGUGAUAAGAAAACAAUAGAUUUUGAUUUUUUAUGUACAUAAGUAAAAACGGUCAGUGGCUCUCUAAUGAUGCUUGUUAUAACGCAUGUUUAUGCAACUGCUGCAUUGAAAGAAGUUUUUCAUGCAAAUAUGAUGUGUAUACAUAAGACCAAGCAUUCCGACUGAAGAAUAUGAUAUUACUUCGAAUAAGGUACCCAUCCUAUUAUAUUCUUUAUAUUUAAGUACUGCCACCAAUAUUUUUAAACACACUUUACAGAACGAAUAUGCCUUUUGCAUUCGUUUGCUUUGCAAUUCGUUACAACAUUUCAGGAACUAAUUAUAUAUCUAUCAUUACUUGAGCAACGAACUAGAUUUGUGCAGGUACAAUGUGUAUUAUAAAUGUGUUAAGACAACCCAAAAUGUUUUUUUUUUGGAUCGGAUAAUACAUCAUUUUCAAUUGUGAUGAAAAUACGUGCAAACAUAUUCAUGUUGCCUUAAUAUGAUCAAUAUGAAGACGUAAUUGCUAUCAUAAAUUACCUAAUUAUUUUACUAAGUUUCUAUCAUUGUCAUUCAGAUAUAAUUUUACAAUUCAUUUGUUGUUCACAAACUCUCUAAGGACUGGGUAUUAGUUAACAGGCAUUCUAUGGAGAUGUCAUAUUAAUUUUUAUUCUAUCUUCUUAAAAGUACCAAACGUUUUUUUAGAAGAAGCUCUGACCCAA